CAGAAACAAUCUCGGCUAUUUCCAAAAGAGUGCAUUGUCCAAGUUGUUGAAUGGUCACGUGGUACCAGUCACUGACCUGUAGAGUCGGGUUCGCCACCUAAAAUUUUAACAAAGUACCGUGUUAAACUUUGAUUCAUUGUGAAGGGGCAGGAAGACACGUCGGCAGCUUUCAAAAGAGUGUCAUAUUCCAGUCCCUAGACAUCCGCUGAACGCUGAUCAUUUCGUACCCAUGAAUAGUAAACCCACAUUCAGACCACAUAGAGAACGGUGGCUCCCUAUUAUGAUCAAGAGUCCAACUACGUCCGUCAAUUCUUAGCGAACAUCUCCCAAAUUAUUUCAAGGGUCGGUGGUGAAAGACUAGACAGCAUCGUUACAGUUGCCCAUCAAUCCCUUGCGAUCAGAUCAAUAAACCAGAAAGUGUCAGAUCUCUUGAGGAUAACAAGCGAGGAGGUCCUCCUGGAAGUAUUGCCCUUCGAAUGGUACGAUAUGAUUGUGGCUCUGUUUCAUUGUCAAUGCUCAGCAAGCUCACAUUAAAUUGAGAGCUUGUUGAAAGCGACUUCGAGGCUGCCGCAGUACAUCUUGCGGGCCUGGGUUGGGUGAGGUUCUUGAACUCCGUGGAUAGCACGAUGCAUUCAAAGUCUCUACUCGCUUCGCAAAUUUCAUGUAUAGGUUUCCAAAGCCAGAUUUCCAGCGUCUUGAGCUUAGCGGGGGACAUUUCACGCUCACGCAUAUUGGAGAGCGUGGAGAUGACAAGAAUCUGUCAACAAGACACAAAAGCCAUAUUCCCUUUUCCCAUGCUUGGUCAACAUAGCCCAAGAACAACAAUUCGGCUACUCAACAUUCCUUCAUCCAGACACGAAAGCCACAAGCUCUUGGAAAACAGUUUUCCCCGCCAACCAUCCACUAAGCGAGACAUUUGACAGCUUGGGUUCGGCGGUAUGGCUUGGACAGCGAUCUACUUUGUUGUUUACCAGUUGUGUCCCAUUGCACAUCAACUCAUGACUUGGAAGGCAGACCAUUUGCCAAGUGACUACUGGGAUGUUGUGCAAGAAGUGGCUGGCUUGGCCAUAAUUUCUUUUUCGCCGAGCCUAGAAGACAAUGUGGUGCUUUGGGAGUUUCGAACACCCUCUUCUCGCUAAUUUCAAAUGGCACAUGUUUGUUGACUUUUGAUGCCUUCAGCGACAGGCAGCCAUGUCACGCUCGUCUUCCCUGGAUACUCUUCUUUGGGGCUUGAGAGAGCUGGAGAUUUCCAGAGUAAGACUGCUUCCAGGAAACAAUAAUUGCUGCCGCUUAGGCGAUGCGUUUGAACUCUUGGACAGCCAUUGUUGAUGCGGCGAAGAAAUUCUUUUGCACAGGGGAUCUAGGCUAUGCAAAAGAAGCAAUCGUUGGACUAGGCUUGACGGCUGCAUUUUCCUAAAAUGCUCUAUGAAUUCUGACAAAGUUACGAGGUUGCCCUCAAAACAGUGAUUGAGAUUGUUGUUCCCAUGUCUUGUGCAUGGAAUGUGGCUCAACAGAGUCAACACAUCAACAAUUCUAGGGAUCGGCAGCCCCAUUCCAACGCGAUUUAGACUUACAGAACCGAGGACCCCCAAAGAAAUCAACAAAAGCAGACACGCGACUACAUUUAUUGAGAACCGACUCCUGAGUUACCUCAGUCGAAUACUAUCUUUGGCAAAAUGUCGUUUAGAAAUAUUUUCUCAAACUUCGGGACUUCUUCCAAUGUCGCCGAAAAGCCCAUAACCGAGUCCAAGGCCCAGCCUGCUCCAACAUUUCAAAUCAUCAAGACACCAGUCGUAAUCAAUACGACUCCGGUCCCACAACAGAAGCGGUCUCUGCGAUGGGUCAAGAGUUUGGGCCCUCUGAAAGGCCGAACGAGACCAACGAUUCCAGAAUUCAUACUGUCUGAGCCGAAGAAGAUCGAAGCCAAAGUAGGGCUUGAUAUCAUCAAGUUGUUCCAAGACAUCGACACCAGAUUCGCAUCGUACUUUGAUCUCGCAGAAUUUGAACCUUCAGACAAAGAAUGGAGACGAAAGCGUUCCAUCGAAACCCUCCGUAGAACGUACGCAUGGCAGGAACCAGGAACCACCAAUCCGCCGUAUCCACCUUGUCUGAAAAGCAUACCCCGCGAUGAACAGACCGGACUUCUACAGAUCUUCAAUGCUGAACGACUGAUCGAUACCACCGUCGCAUUGCUUCCAGAAGCCCUUCAACCCAAAUUGCUGGCAGCAUAUCUCUAUGGAGAGCCAAUUGGAAAAACAAUGGCAGGGAUCCAGGCACGCAUGAAGCAGCUGACUCGUGCGAAGAAGAAUAUUGGAACGGAGCCCAGUGUCGCGAAUCGGGACGACUGGUACACGGAUGCCGUGUUUUCACAGCAGUCAUUUACAGGUUCCAAUCCCACUAGUAUCACGCUUGCUGGCGAGUGGGUUGGAAAGUUCAAGGCCGUGGCGAAGGAACAGGGAAGAAAUGAUGUAGCUGUGCUGCUUGAGUACUCUAAAGCAGAGUCAUUCUUCAUCCAAGACUGCAGCUACUUUCGAGAUGCUGCCGAUGCAGCACCGGAUACAGUUCUGAAAUCUGAUGACGGGAAGAGAUUUGGCUGUGCCUCUGUUACGCUCCUCCAGCUCCGUGAGGAUGGCAACCUACAUCCAUUGGCGAUCAUCAUCGAUUAUAAGGUCAGCAUGGAGAAAUCGGUGGUCAUCUUCAAUAAGAGGAUCACUCCCCAGGACUCUAAAGCGACGGAAGAACAGGACUGGCCAUGGAGAUAUGCAAAAAUGUGUAGUCAGGUAUCGGACUGGACUAAGCAUGAGAUCCAAGUCCAUCUCAAUGACUGUCAUUUCGUGGAAGAAGCCUCAAUCGUUGCUGCCCAGCGAUCUUUCACUGCAGACCACAUUGUCUACCGUAUUCUGGAGCCUCAUUGGCUCAAAACUCUUUCUCUCAAUGCCGCCGCACGGUCGAUUCUGGUCCCAAAGGUAGUCACUGAAAUCAAUGGGUUCUCCAAAGCUCAGACAUAUGCGUUCCUCUUGAAUGCAUAUAAGCGUUUCAACUGGACCGACAACUACAUCCCCGCUGACCUAGAGCGCCGCGGCUUUCCAAUAUCCAAGCUUGACGAGAAGAUAUUCCACAACUACGCCUGGGCCCGCAAUAUGUUACCCAUGUGGAAGACACUCUACAAAUUCGUUUUCUCGGUUCUCGAAACUGUCUACAAGACAGAUGACGAAGUUGCAGCCGACAAAUCUGUGCAGUCCUGGUGCAACGAGAUGAAGAGCCCUACAGGCGGACAGAUGACCUCCUUCCCAGACAUCGAAACCAUCGACGAACUAUGCAAUGCAAUCGUCAUGUGCAUUCACACCGCUGCUCCAAAGCACAACUCGGUCAACUACCUGCAAUGCUACUACAUGUCCUUCGUGCCCAACAAGCCCGGCUGUCUGAACACUCCUUUGCCAAACACACUCGAAGAACUCAUGUCGUACAAAGAACAAGAUGUCGUUGCAGCGCUCCCUGUACACGAUGAGCAGGUCUGGCUACUGAGCUCUCAGCUUCCAUAUCUUCUCAGCUAUGGUGUGUCGGAGGACCAGACUCUGUUGAGCUAUGCUCAAGAUUUGGAGGAUGAAGCUAAAGGUGAGGAGGGUGAGGGUUGGAAGGCGAUUGGAAGUGCUGCGUCGAAGUUCUAUACUGACUUGAUGGAGCUUGGAAUCCUUUUCAAUAAGCAUAGUGAGCAGUUGGAUGACAAAAUCGUGGCAUACAAUGUUAUCGAUCCGACGGAAUUGGCGGUUUCGAUUCUCAUUUAAGGGGAAGUUUGCGUUAGGAGUUUGCGGGGAUCUGGGUAUAGGGUUUUCAUUUGUUAUUUCUUUGGUAUUUUGACUUUCAUAGUUCUUGGCUGUUGAAGUAGGAUUUUCAGGUUUCUGACAGAAUCUGCGAAGUCGUUAAUAUUUAAUUUGGAGGGGGAAGAAGCUGGUCUUACUCAAAGAGGUUUCACAGACGAGAUAUCUAAGCGAACUGUGUCCGAGUAAAAAUCACCUAAUGUAAUCGAAAUUUUCAAAAGAAACAUUCAAAUAACCGGUUAUAGCAUUGUAUGGACAAUGCAAACUCAGUCACGCGUUUCGCCACCUCUGAUCCUCCUCGUGAAUUGGGUAAGUUAGGCGAUAGGCCGAACUCCCUCGUGGCCAAUCUCAAAAUCUGAACUCUUUUUAAGACACCGCAACAUGAGUAUUCGGCACCGAACUCACAUAUCUUCUUUAUCCAAUUCCCUAGCUAGGCAUGUACUACCGUAAUCUCACUGCAUUUUGCAAACGAUAAGGUUCGGGAGGGGCCGAGUAUCUCAAUCUUAUCCCCGCUCAUCCCCUCCAUCCAACGAAAGCCCGAAGAAUGCACGACAUCUACCUUCCUAUCCCUCUCGAC